AUGGAAGAUUUUGUUGGUUACAGAAUGAAGUUUCGAAUUCAUGACAAAGAAGUCAUUGGAACCUUAAAGUGUUGGAACAGUGAUAGAGAAGAAGUUAUUAUAAAAAGUGAUGAUAAGGAAGAAGUAGUUGAUAUUGGUGACAUAAGUGAUUUAGAAAUUUGUGAAUUAAAAGAAGAAAAAUGUAAAGAAGUGUUAAAAGAACAAGUAGACAAUAGUAAAGAACAAACUAGUGUUAGUAAAGAAAUGUUAAAAGAACAAAAAGACAAUAGAAAAGAAGAAUGUAUAGAACAAAUAAAUAUUAGUACAGAAGAAUGUACUAUACAGGCUAAUACAAAUCUACUAAAUAUAACUCCGCAACUUAUACCCUCUAUAGGUAUAAUUUCCUUAUCACAAUAUUAUUCAUUUCUUAAUGACUGUUUUACACUGUAUGGACCUACUAAAGAAGAAUUUUGUACUUCUGUCUCGCUUUCUAUUUUUAAGGUCUUAAAAAGUCGUAUUUCUAGUAAGGAAAUUAUGAUAAAAUUAGGUACAAAUACACUUUAUAAUUGUAUUGGGUACAUUCUUGGAAGACUAUUACUUGUUAAAGGCUAUAGUGUAGGUAUACAAGAAGGUAAAGAAGAUAUUGAAGUGCAGCCUUAUAAAUUUAUUUUUUACAAUAAUUUUAAAGAAAAUAUUGUAAGUAACAAGGUGUGUGUAAAUUUAAGUGAAGAAUACAUUGAAAACUAUGAUCUUGUAUUUGGAGUAAAUAGUAAAUAUCCUAAUUGUAUAAAUUUAAUGUUAGGAUGUGUUAUAGAAGAAUGUCAAAAUGAUGGGGAAGGAUAUUUAAUAGACAUUAAUGCAAGUAAUAAAGUGUAUGAGAAAUAUAAGGUAAGGAAAAUAUUUGAUAAAACUGGAAUAAUAAGAUAUCAUAAAAAAGAAGAUUAUUAA